UUGGGUUCACUUCAGUAUCUCGCGAGUAGUAAACGAAAUCAGUUGAUUCAUAGAAGUGUGACGUUUUUGUUUUCAAUAUCUGUUUGAAUUGCAUUAAAAAAUCCCCGAGACGAUGGAGAAUGAAGAACAAAAAACACUAUUGGCUGUCCCAGCUAGAAUAUAUGAAGUUGGUUCAAUUUUAAGCUUCAAUAAAGCUCUUCAAGAAUGGCAAAAAUUUGCUGAGAUCAAAGAACGAGAAACUACUGAGUAUAAAGUGGUAUUUGUGGGAAACCUUCUUAUAUUUGUUGGUGGUUGGUACGAAAGUACAGAUGGCGGAAGCGAUGAAGUAUACUGCUACAAUUUGGAAACUAAGGAAUGGUCGGAUAUGCCAAGGCUACUGGAUUCACGUGAAGGUCUCUGUGUGGCGCAGUUAGAUGAUGUAAUAUAUGCCAUUGGUGGAGUUUCUCAAAGUUAUGAAAUUCUAAAGUCGGUUGAGCGAUACAAUCCGUCUAUUGGCAAAUGGGAGCCAGUCGCUAAUAUGCAGACUCCCCGCGUAGGGGCAGCUGCAGUCGCAUUGAAUGGAGAAAUCUAUGUAAUAGGAGGUUCUUUUGAAGACUACCUAAAUUCGAUGGAAUGUUACGAUCCAAAAACAAAUGAGUGGCAACAAUGCGCAGAUAUGGCCGAAACUCGUAAAUGGCUUAGUGCGACUGUGCAUAAGGGUUAUAUAUAUGUUUUGGGUGGUAUGAAUGUCGAAUAUCUUGACACCGUUGAGCGUUAUGAUCCCGUAAGCGAUGUAUGGACUAAGAUUAGCUCUUUAAGCGUUGGCAGAAAGAAUAUUUGUACUUUUUCGCUUGAUAAUACAUUGUGGUCCGUUGGAGGUCAGAAUGACGACGAAAGCAAUGUUGUGGAGUUAUAUGAUGAAGAAAAUGACAAAUGGCUCGAACAAAAAGCGCUGCCAGUCGGUGGUGUGUAUGAACAUCUUUGGGUACCGACAAAUUUAGCAAAUCAGCUCACGGAUAUGUGUUCAUAAAAUGUUAAUAAUUGUGUAAACUUACAAUACUUGUAAAACUGAUUUUUUUCAU